AUGCCGGCGGGCAUGGCCUGGCCGUGGCAGCGCCGGGGCAGUGUCCUACAGCAAACAGGGGCCCUCGCCUGCCGCCAGCGCUCAGCCAUGAGGGUUGGGGGGGUGGCCAGGGGGGGGACACCCGCGGCUGCACCCCAAGGGGUGGCGCAGGGGCGAGGGGGCGCCCCCCUGUCGCCCGUAGGGUCCCGGCUUGGCGUGGGGGAAGCCAACGAGACAGGCGGCGGCGUCCUGCUGCAGGCGGGUCCUGCCAGCCCAGUGUCCCCCCUGAAGGAGAGGGCCCAGGCAGGGCGCAGGCAGCAGCAGGCGCUGGAAGCUCGCUUGGAGAGCUGCGUCCAGGAGCUGCGGAGGCUUUGCCUCCGUGAGGCUGAGCUGACGGGGACCUUGCCCCGGGAGUACCCUCUGAAGGCUGGGGAGAAGCCACCCAAGGUCCGGCGGAGGAUCGGUGCUGCCUUCAAGCUGGAUGAGACCCUGGUGCUCCGGGGGGCGGACCCUCUGAGCGCCCUGGAGCGGGACCUGGCGCUGCAGCUGCAGAUCGCCAGGGCUGCCAGGCGGCUGUGCCGCGAGGAGAACAUCAGCAAGAGGCUGCGCAAGCAGCGGCAGACAGCUGCCCUGCUGGAGGAGCAGAAGCUCAGGGACCUGCAGAGCGUCCUCAACCAGAGACGGCUCCUGGCUGGCCGCAGGCCUCUCUCCUCCUGCCCUGCCCCCGCUGCUGCUGAGGAGCUCAGCGCCUCUGAUGACAGCUCCCUGUCAGACACCGGCCUGGAGGAGGAGGAGAUGAGGCCACUGGGACCUGCCACCCCAAGCGGGUCCCCAUCCUCUGAGGACCCCACUGAGGAAGAGGAGGGCUUGGGGUCCCCACCAGCCCUCCCCAGCCCCUGGCGGGAGACCAGCCUCGACAGACCCUAUGAGCGGGCCAGGAAACCCGGAGCGGACCCUGGGGAUGGGGAUCCUCGGGGCUCCCACUGCUACCCUGGGUCCCCACCCGCUGCCUCCUCGGCCCCUGGCAGCCCUGACCCUGCGGCCUCGCUGGUGCCCAGGGCUGGGGACGUCCCUCCCUACCGCUUCGUGCCCAUCAGGACCCUGGUGCUGUGCCGGCAGGCAGGCUCCAGCGCUCCCAGCACCCCGGAGCCAUCGUGCAGGAGGGGCCAGUCACAGUCCCUGAGGGUGGAGGGGUGCUGGCAGCCCGGCGAGCCCCGGGGCCGCAGCGCCGUGCCCCGCCGGCGCCCCACGUACUACACGGUGACCGUCCCCACCUCCUGCAUCCCCGCCACGCCCGGCCCCACCUGUCGCUCCGGCUCUGACGACAGCAUCUCCGACCUCUCCAGCGUCUCCCACGCCACCUCCCCGGGCAGCAGCAGCCCCGACGUCUCCUUCCUGCGCCCGCCACCCCUCACCGAAUCCGGUUUCUACCCUCGGGGCGGCCCCCACCGCUUGCUGGCCCCCGGCGGGCCCCCAGCUUUCCUCUACGAGCAGGACCUGGCCCCGCUGCGCUACCAGCGCCUGGUGCCGUCGCACAGCCGCAUCGUGCGCACCCCCUCGCUGAAGGACUACGCCCCCAUGGGGGGCCGGGGGCUCUCCAAGGCGGCCGUCACCGAGGAGCUCAAGUCGUGGCACCAGCGUGCCCGGCUGCGGGGUGCCCGCCCGCACUCCCUCGAUCGGCAGGGAGCCUUCCGAGGACCUCGUGGGGGCGGCACCAGGGACGGCCCCCCGCUGCAGGCCCCCCCGCUGCAGGGCCCCCCGCGGCGCCCCCCGGCCGGCGUGCCCGUGCAGGUCCACGUGCCCGAGAACGGCGAGAUCGUCACCCAGGUGUGAGAGGCGACAGCGCCCCCCGGCGGCCACACGGCCUGGCUGGCCCAGGGACACCGCCGCGGGCAUGGGCGGCGC